AUGGGUUUGGAAAUCGACAAAAUUAUUCAUCACGAACAAUCUCCAUACCAAGAUAUUUUAAUAUUUAAAUCCAAAACUUACGGAAAUGUGCUAGCAUUAGAUGGCGUGGUUCAAUGCACUGAACGGGAUGAAUUUUCCUACCAAGAAAUGAUUACUCACCUUCCAAUGAUGUGUCAUCCGAAUCCUCAAAAAGUUCUUGUAAUUGGUGGUGGUGAUGGUGGGGUUCUUCGUGAAGUCGUUAAACACGAUUGUGUUGAAGAAGUUGUUUUAUGUGAAAUUGAUGAGGCGGUAAUUCGCUCAUCCAAAAAGCAUUUACCCGGAAUGGCAAUUGGUUUUGAUAGUCCCAAAGUUAAAGUUCAUAUUGGCGAUGGAUUUCCUUUUUUGGAAGAUAAAAUUAAUUAUUUCGACAUUAUAAUUACUGACUCGUCGGAUCCUGUUGGUCCUGCUGAAUCCUUAUUUAAACCUAAAUAUUAUGAACUUAUGAAAAAUGCAUUGCGUCCUGGUGGUGUCGUUUCUGCUCAAGGCGAAUGUCAAUGGCUUCACCUUCCCUUGAUCUCCGAAGUUCAAAAUCAUUGUCGUCAAGUAUUUUCAGUAGUUGAAUAUGCUUAUACCACAAUCCCAACCUAUCCAUCAGGUCAAAUUGGUAUAUUAUUAUGUAGCAAUGACCCGUCUCGUAAUUUGAAAAAACCGAUCAGAAAAUGGCCAGAAGAAAAAGAAGAAAAAUUAUUUAGAUAUUAUAAUUCGGAAAUUCAUGAAGCUGCUUUUAUUUUGCCUCAAUUUACAAAGAGCGCAUUGAAAGAAGCAGAGAACAAAA